UUUUCAUCAACAACAUUCUACAUUCUUAGUGAUUCGUUUGUAAUUCCCUUUCCAUGCCCAAGGUAUUAUGUGUGGCUGAGAAGCCAUCCAUCUCAAAAUCCAUCACCCAAAUCCUCUCUGGCGGUCAAUACACUACUCGAAAUUCGCCGAGUAAAUUCGUCAAGAACUACGACUUCGAUUAUCCUCAAACUCGUGCAAAGUUUACUGUCACCUGUGUUGCAGGACAUCUUACAGAGCACGACUUUCCCGAUGCCUUUCGAAAAUGGAACUCCUGCGAUCCGUUUACAUUAUUUGAUCUCGGGCCCAUUAUCAAAGUACCAGACAAGAUGAAAGCAAUAGAAAAAAAUCUCUUCAACGAGGCAAAGAAUGCAGACACAUUGAUGAUAUGGACUGAUUGUGAUAGAGAAGGAGAGCAUAUUGGGUCAGAGAUUGUCCAAGUUUGUCGGAGGGCAAAACGCAACAUUGUUGUCAAGCGGGCUAGGUUCAGUGCCAUCAUAGCUCAACAGAUCCAUAACGCUGCUCAAAAUCCCUUCAAUUUGGACCAGAGACUAGUCGAUGCAGUUGAAGCACGAAUGGUUCUUGACCUCAAGAUUGGCGCUGCUUUCACUCGUUGGCAGACUUUGACUUUGAAAGCUAAAUUUCGACAGCUAGACGACAUCCAGAUGCUGAGCUACGGAUCCUGUCAGUACCCCACACUCGGUUUUGUCGUCUCAAGAUUCCAAGAUAUGCAAAACUUCAGAGCGGAAACAUUUUGGUUUAUUUACCUCUCGUUGAUACGUCCAUCGGCUUCACAAGGUGCCAAUGAAGAAACCCGAUUCAACUGGCGGCGAGGCCACUUAUUUGAUCAGGAUAUCGCAAUUGUCCUAUAUGAGCAUGUCCUAGCGGAUCCUGCAGCGAAAGUUGAAAAAGUAGUAAAGAAGGAGACGAAGAAAUGGAAACCUCUUCCGCUCACAACCGUAGAGUUACAGAAAGCCGGGUCUCGACUCUUGAAGCUCGCACCGAAGAAAGUGCUCGAUAUUGCUGAAAAACUCUACCAAAAUGGGUUUUUGUCUUAUCCACGCACAGAGACAGAUCAAUACGACCCUCAAUUCGACUUUCAGUCCCUUAUCCAAAAACAGACCGCGGAUCCAGCCUGGGGCAAUUUUGCCGAACGACUUCGACAAGGCGGCUUCCACACGCCACGUAAAGGAAGGAACAACGACAAAGCACAUCCUCCCAUCCAUCCGACGGCGCACGCUGCAAAUCUUGCCGGCGACGAGAAGAAAGUGUAUGACUAUAUCACAAGGCGAUUCCUGGCUAGCUGCUCUGAGGAUGCUAUAGGCAACCAGACUACCGUUGACGUGGUGUGCGGAGACGAGAAAUUCUAUGCCACAGGAUUGACCGUCAUUGCAAAGAAUUAUCUCGAAGUAUAUCCCUACGACAAGUGGGUAGACAAUAUUCUUCCUGACUUCACGGAAGGAGAAACCUUCGACCCCUCAGUAUGUGAAUUACGCGACGGUCAAACGACGAAACCAAGUCCGCUGACCGAAGCAGACCUCGUCGCACUGAUGGACAAGAACGGGAUUGGCACGGAUGCAACAAUUGCGCAACACAUUCAAACCAUAAUCGAUCGGGAGUAUGUCAUUGAACACUAUGAGGGGGCGACCAAAUACCUCCUUCCUUCCACCCUAGGACUCGGGAUUGUCGAAGGUUACGACAAUAUUGAUAUCGUCAAGAGUAUGACGAAACCGAUGCUUAGACGGGAGACUGAACGUCGGAUGAGACAGAUAACUCAAGGUCAACUGAGCAAACACGACAUGAUUGCACAAUGUGUUGAGGAAUAUAAGGAAAUGUAUGUUAUCGUGCGCAUGCAACUCGAGCAGAUCGCUGCAGCCAUGCGACGUGCCAUCGACGGAAAUAACUUGGCGGCCGGAGGUGGAGGCGGAGGAGGUGGUGGUGGUGGUGGAGGCGGUGGUGAUGGAGGUGGAGGUGGAGGAGGCGGAGGUGGCGGAAAUGCAGACGGUGACAGGGGACGCGGAGGCGGUGGCGGUGGCAAUUCAAGAGGGGGACGCGGAGGUGCAAGAGGUAAUCGCGGAGCAAGGGCUGAUAAUGGUUCGCGCAAACAGUCAAGCUCUUCAACGGACGCCCGAAGAGAUAUCAUCGACAUUAACUCCGAUGAUGACUUGCCACCGCCAGCCCCCAAACCACGAAGUAUCGCACGAACGAAACCUGCUUCUUCUAGUUCUCGGUCUAUCCCACCAGUAAAGCCUUUCUCGUCAUCUAGUUCAAAUCCUCGGUCUAUUUCAUCGGCGAAACCUCCCUCUCGUGCUUCUAGAAACUACGGAAAUCAAACUCUUUGCGGAUGCAGUGUUCCAGCAAUCCCUGCUGUAGUUACUGAUGGGUCUGCGAGUAAUGGGCGAAGUUAUUGGAAGUGCGGAAGUACCCCGGAGUCUUGCAACUUCUUCAUGUUCAUUGACGCGGUGCAAUCAAAUAUAUCCUCAAACUCUGGCCGAACUAAUUCCAUCGCUUCGACUCAAGCACCAAAUUGUAAAUGUGAUGCACUUGCAGGACGACGAGCCGUUGUGAAAGAUGGUCCAAAUCAAGGCAGACCGUUCUGGACCUGCGAAGAAAAGGCCUGUGAUUAUUUCGCUUGGGCAGAUGAUUCAAUGCCUCCCUCGAAACCCAUGUCCACUGUACCGACUAAGAGGACGUUUUCUAACGCUUCUACCGAGUCGUCAUCUCGCUUAUGCCAAUGUAAUGAGCCCGCCUUGAAAUUGACCUCUCGUAAAGAGAAUGAAAAUCAAGGACGGAUGUUCUGGCGCUGUGCAAAAGAAGGCGAAGGUCGCUGUAAGUUUUGGGAAUGGGAUGGAGAACCUGGUUCCUCUCGUACGAGAGGAGACCAAGCUUUGGGAGAGUGUUUCAAGUGCCAUCAAUCUGGACAUUGGGCAUCUAAUUGCCCCGAAGAUGGCUCCACAAACAAGAGAUCGCGAAGCUUUGGAUCAAAUGGUGGAAAUGCAUCGCAACAAGAUCAAGCCUGCUUCAAAUGUGGGAAGCCUGGUCAUUGGAGCAAUGCAUGCACGGCUUCUAGUAACAGCUUCACGAAAAGCAGCAGGGGGAGUUCUUCUCGAGGAGGAAGAGGUCGAAGUAGUGCUGGAGGUCGUGGAAGUCGCGGGGGCAGAGGGCGUGGCAAAGGUCGUUCUAAGACAAAGUCAGGACUUAGUAUACCUGGAGAAAUGUUCUAAUGUAUGUGUAUCAUUUUAAAUUAUAGGAAGGACACAAACAAUUGUAUAUAAUUCACUGUAAUGAUUGACUGUCAUUAAAACCUGUAUUUUUGGCCAGGAGCUCAAAAGCAGCUGACAGCACUCUCCAGUUAGGAUCCUUGCUCUCAUGAACAUCCAGGUUUUGCAGAUGUCAAGUCCAACUGAUGAAAGAACAUCAUCAGGCAAGUGA